GUGUAUUAGCAUACGACAUACGCGAGAAAAUAAGUGGUACAUUUUGAUAAACAUUUACCUUUUUCAUUGCGCAUGUCCAUAUUUUGCGCAUGCCAACUUUAUUUGAGUUUAUAGUAUUUAGGGCAAGGAUAAUAACUCAGCAUGGGUUGACGCAGUAUUAAUAAAAAUGAGAGGUGGAAGUUCAGAGCGUUUGGUCGUGCGAUCCUCGCGUCGUCGUGGGGACACGCGUGCGAAAUUGACACGGUACAUCACUGUUAUGUUGGCAGCAUUGCUAGGAGGAGGUGGAUCAGCUCUACUCUUCCUAGUGCCGCUAUACGCUGAUCCUGCUUUAAGCGCUUUAGCUGCCGACUUCGAUCCAAUACCAGCGGAGUGCGUAACGGAAAGACGAGACGAUAGAUUGGGCUUGGACAAUUGCACUUGGGCAUCCUGUCGCGAAGGUUGUACCAGCGAUGCUUAUAAAUGCAUUCAACUGCAUGUGAAAUAUAAAUCACAGGCCGAGGACUGGCGGCCCGCGGUGCUGUACGUGAAUAUAAAAGGAUGCGGCUAUCCUCCCGUGGUAAACUGCGAGAACUUUACCCUGAGCUACGGAUACGUUGGUGCGAAGUACCCUUGCUACUGGUCGAGAGCCGAUACUUCUGUGGUGAUACCGAGAUGGUCUCGAGGUGAGCAAGUGGCUACUGUGACUAGAACCCUGGCGAUUCCUCUCUUCCUAUCGGGCUGUGCUGGGAUAGGUCUCUGUGCGUUACACUGCGAAUGCCGACCUCGUAGACGAAGACGCCCCCCCCGCAGACCCCCUCGCCUACCAACCCUCUCUCUAGAUGACACCGCGGUCUAUCGACUCGCAUAAGGUCUAACAUAUCCAAAGGAUGUUGUCUUCACUGCACCAAUCUACAACGUAAUCGGUUUUAGUCUCAGGAUAUAGAAUUGUGGUAUUUCUGGAUAGUAAUUAAAAACUUCACCGAGUAUGUUUUAUUGUGAAGAGCAAAUAAUAUAUUGUAUAUAUAUUGA